UAGGAGACGCUCACCCUGUCUCUCUCUGUGUCUGUCUCUCUCUAUGUCUGUCUAUCUGUGUCUGUCUCUCACUGUGUCUGUCUCCGUCUCUCGCUUUAUUGAGAGGUAGAGAGGCAGGUGAGGGGUGAGAGGUGAGAGAGACUGCGGGAUGGAGACACCUGGAGCUUCAACUCCAGCCCAGGAAGAGGAUCUUCGCUCGUAGCGUUUUAUGUCUUCAUUUGUGGAGAUACGAACUGAAGAUGCCCAUCGGAUCAUCAUCAUUAUGAUAAGAAGAAGAGGGAGUUGGUGGUUGGAGGCGAUGGUGGUUUCCGAACGGGGGAAGAUGCUCGCGGCGGUGCUGGCGCUCUGCUGCUGUGUCAGAUUGGUGGCUGCGACACCCACAGAGGCUCCGUGCCCUCAUGGAUUUCACCGGGUGGUAGAAACUGGCCUUUGCUGUGAGCUGUGCAAGCCAGGGCAAUUCGUGCUGUUUGAAUGCAUGGAAAACAAAGGCCCCUCGAUCUGUGGGAAAUGUCCUAAUGGAUACUACACGGCCGUAGCAAACUACCUAUUAGGAUGUUUGAAAUGCAAGCCCUGUAAGCAAGACGAGGAAUUUGUCCAGCCUUGCAACGGGAGCUCCGCCACGCUGUGCCGAUGUAAAGCCGGUUUACACAAAGCAGACGAUGGGCUCUGCGUACAAGGAGGAGGCAAGACAGCGGGCAUUGUGGUGGCCGUGAUUCUGCUUCUGUUUGUCGCUGCUGCUGUUGCUGCGUUCAUUUACAAGAAGAAGGGUGGAAGAUUUCCUUGCGAUGGCGCUAGUAAGUUUUUCACCGGACCAGAAGGGGAGCCUGGUAACUCUAAUCAGCAAGAAUCGACUGCAUUUAGCCUGCUUAAAGAGAAGCCCCCAAUCCCUGAGACUGGACCUUGUGCAGUUGUUCGAGACAUGGACGAGUCAAUGGCUGCCAAGCUGAUCAGAGGGAAGAGGCCGGAACUGAAGAAGUGGAUUGGCAGGGACCCCACGUACCUGCUCGACUACUUGGACAGCAAAGAGUUGAUCUCUCGCGACAAAUACCACGGGGCCCGCAACAUCAUGGUGAAAGUGGAGCGCGCCAACUUUUUGAUUGACGAGUUCAUCGACAGGGACGACUGCCUCACGCUCUGGAGGGCUCUCGAAAGCAUACAGGACCACUACCCUCAGGUGGAGGAGUGGAUCUCAGCCUGUGCAUCGACCAUGCCUCACACUUGUGUUGUUCGAGACAUGGACGAGUCGAUGGCUGCCAAGCUGAUCAGAGGGAAGAGGCCGGAACUGAGGAAGUGGAUUGGGAGGAACCCCACGUACCUGCUCGACUACUUGGACAGCAGGGAUUUGAUCUCUCGCGACAAAUACAACGAGGCCAAAGACAUCAUGGUGAAAGUGGAGCGUGCCAAAUUUUUGAUUGACGAGUUCAUCGACAGGAACGACUGCCUCACGCUCUGGAGGGCUCUCGAAAGCCUACAGUACAACUACCCCCAGGUGGAGGAGUGGAUCUCAACCUGUGCAUCGACCAAGCCUCACACUUGUGACGGGAAGCCUGGUCACUCUAGUCAACCCGACUCGACUGCAUUGGAUCAAGAUGAACAGCAAAUCACGCAGAUUGAUCCUAAACGACAUACUCGGGUCCCUGUAAUUACUGACAAGGAGCUGCUGCAGAUCCACCAGACUCUGCGCGACAACGGCUUCAUCUGGGACUACCCCCACGUGAUGAGACUCGCGGGCCUGGCGGAAUCCUUCAUCAGCGAGGCGAGCGAGAACCACGGGCAGAAUGUGAACGAGAGGAACUAUGCCAUGCUCAGGCACUGGAGGGAGAGCCUGGGCCGGCGGGCCACCUACGGCAGGCUGGCCGAGACGCUGGACAAGGCCGGCUUUAGUGGCACGGCGGAGAUGGUGAUGAAGCUGUGCGACGGCUUCGCUAGGCGGGAGGAGGAGGAAGAGUGGCGGGAGGAGGAGGUGCAGGACAUAUAUAUAGACUCCUAGAGACACAACAUUAAGAAGUGGAGGAGGAGCAGGAGUAGGAGGAUUUGGUGGUGGAGGUCUUCCUCUUUUCGUUUUUCUCGGUAUGUGUCAUUGCCGUUCGUUUUAUAGUUUUGUUCAACUCUGAUGAUGGUGAUGAUGAUGGUGGUGGUGUUGAUGGUGAUGUGGUGGUGAUGAUGAUGGUGGUGCUAAGUGGUGGGGAUGAUGGUGGUGAUGGUGGUGGUGGCAGUGACGAUGAUGGUGGUGGUGAUGGUGGUGGUAGGCGGUGGUGCUGGUGGUGGUUUGUGGCUGUGGAGAGCGGUGGUGGUUAGCAGCGUCUACUACAACACUAAAGACGCCCACGACCUCCUGUGUACCAGGCCAGGUAGUUAACAUCUUUGCCAGGGUCCGGGAUCGAACCUACGGCCCUCCUUUAUACCAGGCGAGGUAGUUAGCAUCUCAUAGGGUCCGGGAUUGAACCCACGACCUCCUGUGUACCAGGCCAGGUAGUUAACAUCUUUGCCAGGGUCUGGGAUCGAACCUUUUGCCCUCCAGUAUACCAGGCAAGGGAGGUAGCAGCUUCUGCUACAAAAAGGCAAAGAGGGCAGAGUUCGAUUGUCGCUCAAGGCCACCAACCACUCACCACCAAACCGGGCCUCCCCUAGGUCGACUCAGCCCUCAAAUGAGUUUUCCCUGCUUACUGCGGUGGAGUCGUAGCCGUAGUGGUUAUUAAACAUCGCCACUGGGGAGAGAGACAAAGGCGGCAGGGCGUGCGUGGUGUUGGCUAAUCCACCCAUCCACCCAGGCACCUCCUGGUGCCAGAGUACCGACAUCAGCACCGCUGCUGCUGCUGCUCGCUACUCACAAACAGCCCCUUGGGUGAGUGAGUGUGUGGGUGAGUGAGUGGGUGAGUGUUUGGUUGAGCGAGUGGGUGAAUGAAUGUCUGGGUGAGUGUCUGGGUGAGCGAGUGGGUGAGUGGGUGUCUGGGUGAGUGUCUGGGUGAGAGAGUGCGCGAGAGAGUGUGGUGCCUCAAAUAUUGGAAGAAGAAGUCACCCCCUGUGAGUGGCUGGCUGAGGUGCCAUCUGUUGAGGAAGUACUGAAGGCGAUCCGGAGUGUGAGACCAGGAAAAGCACCGGGCAGAGAUGAUCUCCCAAGCGAAAUGCUGAGGGAGGGUGGCAUUUGUGCACAGACUGCCCUAGAUGACAUCAUAAUGUGGCACAUUAGGAAUGGAUCACUCUUUUAAGUAUACCAUUGUGCAGCAAGGGAGUAAAGUGUGGUUCUGUGAAGGUCCUGAUGUGCUGUGCAGUGCAUCAAUGCAUGUGUGUACAGCAGCAUGUGAUGACUGAGUCGGGCCUGUAAGUGGCUGGCAGGGUUAUUGAAUGUCCACGCGGAUAUACCAGUCACAUGGUUAAUGGCGGCUCAGGAACAAGGCUGGUUGUAACACACGUGUUGUUGCAUUUUACAGUUAAAGGACCCAAAGGUUGUUUUUGAUCGUUAUAUAAAUGUUCUAGACUUGUUCUAGACUUAAAUUUCGAUUUAAAGCUUUAGUGACUGCAGGGAUUCAUCUUCUUGGUUCUUUCGGUAAAGUUACGUAG